AUGAAAGACCAUAAAUAUUCUAUUAAUAAACUAUCAUCUUAUAAAGUAUCGAAUGAUUCAAGAUCAAAUUACCGUUUACUUAAUAUACCAUGUGGUGUUUGUGGUGAUCGUUCUACUGGAAAGCAUUAUGGAGUAUAUAGUUGUGAUGGAUGUUCUGGAUUUUUUAAAAGAAGUAUUCAUAAGAAUCGUUCAUAUACAUGUAAAGCAAGUGGUAAUUUAAAAGGUAAAUGUACCAUUGAUCGUCAUCAUCGUAAUCAUUGUCGUGCAUGUCGAUUAAAUAAAUGUUUUCUAGCACAAAUGAAUGAAGAAAGUGUUCAACAUGAACGUGGACCAAGAAAACCCAACAACAACAACAACAACCACAGCAACAACAAUAACCAUAGCAACAAUAAAAAUUUUCUAUCAACAAUAAAAUCUACAAUAGAAUCUAUAAAUAAAUCAAAUGAUGAUUAUCCAUUAAAUCUUUCUAUGAAUCAUAAUCAUUUAAUCAAUAAUAAUCAUAAUCAUAAUCAUAAUAUUGAUUUAAAUGAUCAAAUAAAAAAUCAAUAUCUAAUCAAUAAAUCAUUCAAAUUGAAUUCAUUAAAUAUGGCGCCAAAUGUUUUAGAUGAAAAAGAUAAUUUAAAAUUAUUGAUUAAAUUAUUAAACCAUUCUGAUAUAUAUAAACAAACAUUGAAUGAUUUAAUCGAUAAUAAUAAUAAUAAUAAUAAAAUCAAUCAAUAUUAUUUAAAUAAUCAAUUAAAAUUGAAUCAAUAUACAAUGAAUAUUGAUCAACAAUAUCAAUAUAAAAAUAAUAUUGAUUAUUUAUUAUUAAAUAAUUGGUUAUUGACAAUUUUUAAAUAUUCUGAUAUAAUCAAGAAUGGAGAAAGUCAAUUGACAACAGAUUAUUAUUUAAAUUUAUACAAACAUUUACAAGAAGCUCUUUUAUCCAAAGUAAACAAUCCCUUGAUAUCUGUUAAUCAAGACAAUAAUCAUUUAGAUUUAAAUACAAAUUCAUAUUUAGAGAAUAAAACAAUGAAACAUACUACUCAAAUGAAUUGGAUAGAUUUUAUAAAAUUAAAUGAAUGGAAUAAAACAGAAAUUGGUAUACAGAUUAUGAUAAAUAUGAUUAAAUGGAUAUUGAAUCAUUUCCUAAUUGAUAAUAUAAAUAUAGAAGAUAAUAGAAAUAAGAUGGACUUAAGUAAUACGAAUUGGAUAUUCUUAUUCUAUAUUCAUGUAAUGGAAUAUAUCAAUCAUAACUUCGAUGAUAAACAUACAAUUGAGUGUCCUAGUCAUAAUGAAAACCCGAAGUCAAAUCAUUUGAAUGAAUGUAACGAUGUAUUCAUAAAUCCUAUUUUGACUAAUCUGCUCAAUAUUCAUGAUUCAUUGGAAGUGGGUAUUUCAUUGAUUCAAUAUUUAAUUAACUUUAAUUUAAAUAAAGAAGAAAGAGAAUGUGUAAAGUUUAAAAUAUUCACUGAAAAUAAUUCAGGUCAUAUUCAAACUACAAUCAAUCAAUCAACUACAAUCUUCUCUACUCAUUUACGUUAUGAUUUAAUGAAUCAAUUCUAUGAGAAAUUAAUUCAUUUUAAUAAAAAUUGGUUAAAACAAUUAAGUAUUCAAGUAUUCUUCAAAUCUAUCAUAAUACAUAACAAUCAAAAUGAAUUCAUUUUAGAUUAUAUAUUACAAAAUUUAUUUAAUGCAAUUGCUUAUGCAAAAUAA